UCAUAAAAUAUUAGUGGUGACGGAAUGUUCAAUAAUAUUUAGUCCAAUUGUGCUGUACUCACUCGGUGGUGUUGACACAAAUACUCGCACCUUCAUUCGCAUUUUACUGCUGCUACUUGCUGGUCGACGGAGGUUUGAGCAAAAGAGCAUGAAAACAUGCCUGGCGCAGACGGACACGAGUUCAAUUUUUGAGUGUGAUUUUGUGACUUUUGUACUUUUUUUUUUAACUGAAGAGCGCGCACGCAAUCCGGGCUCAGUGUAGCGGCACAAGCGUUCAAUGUUUGUUUUCACUAAAUUACUGGUGUAUCGACUUUAGCUUGGCUUCGUCGGUGUUUGCACACAUUUUCGUUGCGUUUCUCGUUUUUCGGCAUUUUGUGUUGUGAUUUAAUUUCUUUUACUUUAUCUAUACGCGACUUAUUGUAUUUACUUUCUCUUGUGUAAAUUUUGAAAUUGUCUUGAACUACUCGUAGAAGUGUUAGGAAAUAUACUUAUAAAUGUAUGUAUCUAUGUGUGAUUCUACACGUCCCCACACACCACCAAAUGAAAUCUUUAACAACUUUUUAGUGUAAAAAUUGGCGAAUUAGUGAGCGUUUUGAUUGUUUUUGUGUUGUUAGCGCUUACACAUACAUAUACAAUACAUGCGCAUAUGUACAAUGCAAAUUAUAUACUAUACGAGUAUAGCUUAAACCACUUUAAAUCACCUGUUGAAUUAUCAAAUUGCGCAAAAGAUGUAUUCCCAUAUGAUAUUGUUUUGUGGCACUUUUCUCGCUGCAAUUUCCACAUUCGCUACAACAACAACAGUCAACACAGCAGUGCAACAAGUUACACCAUACAAAUUGGGCGCGGAGAGCAAGCGCGACUUGAGGGCAGCUGCCCCCAGCUGGCGUGCUAAAUUCACUCCCCAACAACUGCAAUUGCAUAUGGGCACGAGUGGCGAAGUGUUGUUGGAACUCACAGAUCUGCCAACGGAUGUCUCAUUUGAGGUGUUAAGUGAAAAUCCACAUCUUGCCAGUGUGGAACAUCUCAUACCCGCUGAUGUUAUUAGUCCCACCACACACACUUGGCGCGGCAACGUCACCAUCGAUGCGCUCUUCCUCGGCUCUACCAAAGUCUAUGUGCGUCGCGUCAAUAGCAGCGAACGCGCCGAGAAUGCACUCGAUUUGACGAUUAUACGCCGCACACGUAUCAUCGAUCACAUAUUCACUGGCUCCGUGGCGCUGCUCGUCUCAUUGUUGUAUAUCAAUUUCGGCGCCGCUUUGGAUGUAACGGUGCUGCGCGCUUUAUUAACACGUCCAUUGGCGCCGAUUAUUGGCUUUCUCACGCAAUUUAUUAUUAUGCCACUGCUCGGCUAUGGUUUGGGUGUGCUCAUCUUUCCGGACUCACCGGAAUUACAGUUGGGUCUCUUCUUUACGGGCGUCUCGCCGAGCGGUGGCGCAUCGAACAUCUGGGCCGUCAUCUUAGGUGGUAAUAUUAAUCUCUCUGUGCUGAUGACAACGAUCAGCAAUUUUGCCGCUUUCGGCAUGAUGCCACUGUGGAUCUUUACGCUCGGUCAGCUGAUUUUCGAUCGUGCAAAUAUAACUGUGCCUUAUGAGAACAUCGCCACGUUCGCGGUAUCGCUGGUCGUGCCGCUCGCUAUCGGUUUGGCCAUACAACGUUGGUCGCCACGCCUGACACGCAUACUGGUGCGUCUACUCAAACCGAUUUCCACCUGCCUCAUACUGUUUAUUAUCAUCUUUGCGAUCAUCACAAAUCUCUACUUGUUUGAGUUGUUCUCCUGGCAGAUUAUUGUGGCCGGUUUAGCGUUGCCUUGGGCGGGCUACAUAUUGGCUUGGUGCGCGGCGAAGGCGCUACGUCGAAACUCCAUUGAUUCGUUAACCAUUGCCAUAGAAACGGGCAUCCAAAACACCGGCAUAGCGAUAUUCCUACUGCGUUUCAGUCUGCCGCAACCAGAAGCCGAUCUCACCACAGUCAUACCCGUCUCCGUCGCUAUAUUAACGCCAAUUCCACUGCUUGGCUUAUAUAUUUACAAGCGUUGUGCCGAACGUGGCAUCAGAGAGGGAGUGCUAGAGACGCAACCAACCAAUACACCAACACAUAGAUAUUAGUCGCUUAUAUUCACGGGAGAUUUUAAGCUAUCGUUCCUAUUUAUUUACUCAAUCUCCAGUUCGUUCUUCACCUGGCUUGAAUUACUUCAGAAAAUGUAUGUUUUACCAGUCUUUUUAUGUUAUGUUAACUUCAGCGGAAAGUGUGCAAUAUUUUUUUUAUCAAAUUACAAGAACGAAAAAUAUUUACUGCGUUUUUGGGGUUUCAUGCUGCGAAAAAUAUAGGUUUUUGUGUAAAAAUAUCAAUUUUCCUUCAAAAAAAAAUUUUUAAUUUGAUAUUACGGUAUUUUGUACAUACAUAUGUUAUUAUUGUUUUAUUAAAAAAGAAACAUCACGCACUUUUUAUUUAAGUUAAAA